AUGUUCAUAUCUAUCUAUCUCAAUGUGUUCAUAUCUAUUUAUCUAUCUAUCUAUCUAUCUAUCUAUCUAUCUCAGCAAUCACAGUUUGUUCAUAUCUAUUUCAGUCUAUUAAAAUCAUCUCAAUCUGUUAAUAUCUAUCUAUCUAUCUAUCUAUUUCAGUCUGUUCAUAUCUAUCUAUCUAUCUAUCUAUCUAUCUAUCUAUCUAUUUCAGUCUGUUCAUAUCUAUCUAUCUAUCUAUCUACCAUUAUGUUCAUAUCUAUCUAUCUAUCUAUCUAUCUAUCUAUCUAUCUAUCUGUUUGUCUGUCUGCCUGUCUCUCUACUUUGCUUUUUCCGUUUUUUGAAUUUUUCUUCCAUUUCUUCUUUUUUUCACUCUUUCUUUCUUUGUUUUUCAUUUCUUUGCUUUUUUCUUCUCUGUUCCUUUCUCGCUUCUUCUUUGUUUUUGUUUCUUUUUCUGUUAUUCCUGUAGACUGUUUUACAGUUUCUUUAUUUUUCCCUUUCACUAACUUCCGUUUCUUUCUUCUUAUCCACUUACAAUUUUUCCCUCCUUCCUUCCUUUACUGUCAUUUUUUUUCUUCCUUGAUUAACCAUCCCUUUCUUUCUUUCUUUCUUUCUUAUUAUUAUUUCCUUUGCAGCCCUUAA